GAAGAUUCCCUGGGUGCUGGCCGGAAAGAUUUUCAAGCUUUUCCAAGAGGCAAACUCCAAUCCUCCUGCCCUGUCCUUUGGCAGUUGGGCCAAUGCGCUUCAGGCCGUGCUCAGAUCUCAAGGCCUUUAUUCGAAAGGCCCGGAAAUCGUGGAGGCAAUCUUCAAGACCUUCUUGCCUCGUGCCCAAGAGCAGCUGGGUAUUACAGAUGAGGAUGCGAGAAGGCAGAUGACCAGCGUGGCAGGUGACGGUCGGAAAAAGUCCAUGGGAGCAGCGGCGUUCGGUA